CGGAGGAGCCCCGUGUCUGGCGGGCGCGGCGCAGCCCCGCACGUCGCUGCGCCAGGAGGGCUGCGGGCACCGCGCAGCUCCCCACAGUGACAGGACUCAAGGAAACAGCAUGCAGCUGCGUUGGAUAUCAGGAAAAAGUGCUUCAUCCAGAGGGUGGUCAAGCACUGGAACAGUCUCCCCAGGGAAGUGGUCGCAGCACCAAGCCUGUCUGAGCUCAAGAAGUGUUUGGACAACACGCUCAGGGCACAGUAUAGAAGUAUGAUAGCAACUGGAGGAGUCAUAACAGGACUGGCUGCCUUAAAAAGGCAAGACUCUGCCAGAUCUCAGCAACAUGUAAAUCUUGCCGCAGCACCAGCUUCUGAGGAGAAAAAACCAGUUAGACGCCGGCCCAGGACAGAUGUAGUAAUUGUCAGAGGCAAAAUCCGUCUUUAUUCUCCGUCUGGUUUCUUUCUUGUUUUGGGAGUGCUUAUUGCAUUCUUUGGAAUUGCAAUGGCCAUCCUUGGAUACUGGCCCCAAAAGGAACAGCUUUUAGGAUCUGAAGAUAAUCUAUCUGUAAAUGAAACCCAAAUCCUGAGAAGCCAAGGAAGCAUUUUACUUCGCUUCUUUGAACAGCAUGUGCACUCAGAUAAGAUGAAAAUGCUGGGCCCUUUUACUAUGGGCAUUGGAAUCUUCAUUUUUAUUUGUGCAAAUGCCAUUCUGCAUGAAAACCGUGACAAAGAAACAAAAAUAAUACACAUGAGAGACAUAUACUCCACUGUAAUAGACAUCCACACCCUGAGGAUCAGGGAACAAAAGCAGCUGAGUGGUACCUUCACUGGCUUGUUGGGGGAAGGAGAACUCAGGCACAGUGGGAGCUCAUGUGCAUCACAUCUGGCUGCGAACACGGUUGCGCCUUUCUCUGGCUUCAAGAGUAAUCUUAGAAUGGAUAGUUCUGCUGAAGAAGAUGAGAUUACCCUAAAUGAAGAAAGAACCACUAGUAGCCUCCUGCCACCUCUGCUGACUGAACAAUCUGGUUCAGUCUUUGGACUUUACCCUCACUCCAGCAAGGCUUCAGAUGACAAAAGCACUAAUUCUAUAAAGUGUGAAACGAAAUCCAUUGUAUCAUCAUCUAUUAGUGCUUUCACACUGCCAGUAAUUAAACUGAAUAACUGUGUUAUUGAUGAGCCCAGUAUAGACAACAUAACUGAGGACUCAGAGAUCGCUAGGGGUCAGUCUAGAAAUCUGUCAAUGGAUUCUCUGGCCAUUCCACUAACUGAUACCAAUGAAUCCUACAGACCGGCCGUUCCCAUGCUGCCACGACACAAUUCAUUUGUGGACACUCCAUCUGAUCAGUUCAAAUCUUCUAUGACUCUUGGACCAAGCACAGGAAAGCUUUUAUCUCCUGGUGCUGCCAGGAAACAGUUCGGUUCCAACACAUCUUUGCAUCUUUUGUCUUCUCAUUCUAAGUCCUUGGACUUGGACAGGGGUCCAUCUAUGCUCACUGUCCAAGCUGAACAAAGGAAACACCCCAGUUGGCCUAGACUGGAUCGAAGCAACAGUAAAGGAUAUAUGAAGCUAGAAAACAAAGAGGAUCCAAUGGAUAGGUUACUUGUGCCACAAGCAGCAGUCAAGAAAGACUUUACUAAUAAGGAAAAGCUUCUUAUGAUAUCAAGAUCUCAUAAUAAUUUGAGUUUUGAACAUGAUGAGUUUUUGAGUAACAACCUGAAGCGAGGAACUUCUGAAACAAGAUUUUAAUAUUUAAAUUACAAUUUAGAAGAUGUCAUACAGUAUUUUUUAAAAAAGCAUUUUGACAAGUGUUUCCUUUUCAGUGAGACUGUACCAACCUGUUUUUAACCAAAUGCUUAAUAGCCCAUUAAAAUUGGCUUGUGCAAACAGAAAUCUUCACCUUUGUAAUGCUGGGUUUCUUGUUGUAGUAACAUACAGCUGCAAUACUGUACAUUAUCAUUGCUCAGACAGUUUUGUUAUGACUGAUUCCAAUUAUUCCCAAAUCAUUAUUUCUUUUGUUCUAUAUAAGCAUGUUACUUUUUAUCACUUUGACUCCAGGAGACCGCAUUAAGAAAAAAAGUUCAAUUUACUUACUUGCAAGUUGUCUUUCUUUAAAGACUGCAAGAGUCUGAAAACAGAGCUUGUGGUCUAGAAUGGGAAGUGACCAGGAGCACAUACAUUUGAAUUGUCAAAUCCAAGCCUUUAUUCCUGGGUGUUGUCUUUCAUAUGCAGUACGUCUUGAACUGCAGUCUUGCCACUGUCAUUAUGAGAAACUUGUUUACAUAUUGGGGUAGGUGGAUAGAAAAGAGUGGGUAUAAUUAAAACAAUUUUUUGUGAAUUCAUUGUAGUUGAUCGAGCUGAAUACCGGUGUUGUGAGUUGUUAACUAUGCUUCGUACAAUAAUCUUUCUACAUCCAUUGUAACUUAAUCACGUAAUUCUGGAAAAGCAUAUAUAAAGUAAGAAAUCUGAAAAUUCAGUUCUCUACACCACUUUGAUUGGCAGCAGUUUUAAAAUCAGGAUAGAAAGAUUCAAUUAAAAUCAUAGGAACAUGAUGAAUGCUGACUGGAUUUUAGAAAUGAUGUAUAAUAAGAUGAUAUUGGGGCAUGCAUCUGAAGACAAUAAUGGAAAAUUAAUAUAUUGCCUCUUAUUACUAUAGCGAGAAGCUAAAUAACUAGAUCUCUGUGUUCAAAAUACUGACACAAAGCAUACAAUUCAAUAUGUGUACUAAUAUUGUAAAAAAGCCUCUUGCCUAAAAUUUUGAUUUAUAUAUUUCACAUAAAUAUUGGUGUAAUGGUUCACUGAAAAGCUGUGGCAAUUUGCAUUACAAGAUUUUCCAAAAGGAAGUGACAUUUACAACAAUGUUUUUCUCAGCAAAGCAGGCUUCACAGUUGACAGUUGUGGGCUAUUGCUAAAGAGAAGGAGAAUUUGAAUGUGCAGUAUCAGAAGGUUUUGAUGUAUUUCAUUAAGGUAUUUAGGUCGUAGCCCUGCCUUGACACCGUGCUAGAGAAUGUCACUUCAAGCUGCUAGGCUUAUCUAACAGGAUGUUGGUCUUACUUGGUUGAAUUUGAUAUAUUCACUUAACCUAAAUACUCAGGAAUUAUUUUUAAUGGCUUUUCCCAAAAAGAAUCAAGCUUUUUAAAGUGUCGUUGUUCCUCAAUUACUUUGGCUAUGAAAGAUCAAAGAUGAAAAUGCCGUCUCCCUUUUUUAAAUAUUCUGCUCCAUAUUUCAACUGUGCAAUGUUUAUAUAUCAGGAGCAUUACUUGCUCAGUGAGUUGAGGCGUAGUGUUAACUGUUAGAACCUCAAGCCUAUAUAUUGUAACAGAGUUGGCUAAAUAUUUUGCUAUGAAGCUUUUAAUAACUUUCUGGUUUGUGUUCUUAAGACAUUUGCUAUUUUUUGCAAUAAAAUGUCUAUCUACACA